CUGCCAAAGCAAAAAUCAUCAAAAGACUCUUAGGCGGCAAUUUAUAUUGACUAGAUUUUAUAGUUAACCUAUCAAAUAGCUGAUAUUUAAAUGUUUUAACCAAUGACAUGUGUCGUUGCGACAUGGAGGUGACAAAAGGGCGCAUUUUAGAUCAUUCUCUGAUAAGCUAUUUGACGGAACACAUAAAUAAAUAUAUAUUUGAAAUAUAUUUGGUUCGUUACAGGCACGAAGAAUGCUAGCCAGUAAACGUCUCGCAGUAUUGUGCAUCCUACUGUGUCUGUUCCCGAAAGGUGUCGGAGGUGGAUGGUACUGCACUGCGACCUGCAUCUCUGUAGUCGGAGUCCUCGGAUUUUUGGGCGGUGGCGUCGUUUUGUCGCUCCUGGGCUUCACUGCCAGCGGCAUUGCCGCCGGAUCUUGGGCAGCCAGCUGGAUGGCGGGGUUUGGUGGCGCAGUGCCCGCCGGAAGUUUAUUCGCGACCCUGCAAUCUAUGGCGGCGGCUGGCGCCACCAAGAUCUCUCUGGGAGCCUUUGGGGGCCUAUCGGCCUUUUGUGCUUCACUGUGCUCGCCGCUGUCAUAGAACUGAGGAAGGAACAUUUAUAAAUUAAAGUGCUUAGAACCAGU